AGAGAGGUUGGACCGGGAACAAUAGAGAGGAACGAAGCCAACGAAACACCAAACAAACCGAGAGGGCGACAGAAAGAAAGAAAGAACCCAGAGAGGAGGAGGAGGAGGAGGCGGAGGAGAAGAAGGAGAAGGAGCCGAGAACAUGUAAGGAAUACGGACGGCUGGAUUUUCCGGAGCGGAGAGCUUUAUUUCUAUCUGUUCUUUGUGGAUUGUAUUGAACCGGAUUCCGGCAUGAACCCUGCAGAAGCGGCCGAGGAGGCGCCCAGCGACCCCGACACUGAUGCCUUCUACAAAACAGGUUCCUUCAGGACCGAGGGCAUUAAAGCGUCCGACGUUCUCCCAGUGUUAAAGGAGAAAGUCGCCUUCGUGUCAGGUGGACGAGAUAAAGAGGAGGACCUAUUCUGACGUUUCCUGCCAGAAGUAACCACGACCGAAUAAAGCAGGAGGACCUGAGGAGGCUGGUGACCUACCUGUCCACUGUCCCCAGUGAGGAUGUUUGUAAGCGUGGUUUCACCGUCAUCAUCGACAUGCGUGGAUCCAAGUGGGAGCUGAUCAAACCACUGCUGAAGACGCUGCAGGAGUUUUUUCCUGCAGAAAUUUGCGUGGCGCUCAUCAUCAAACCAGACAACUUCUGGCAGAAGCAGAAGACAAACUUUGGCAGUGCUAAGUUCUCCUUUGAGACCAGUAUGGUGUCUGUUGAAGGGCUGGCCAAACUGGUGGAUCCUUCCCAGCUGACUGACGAUUUCGAAGGCUCUCUGGACUACAACCAUGAGGAGUGGAUGGAGCUGAGAGUCUCCCUGGAGGAGUUCAUGUCAAACGCCGUUCAUCUGCUGUCCAGACUGGAGGAUCUGCAGGAGCUUCUGUCUAAGAAGGAAUUUCCUGCAGAUGUGGAGGGAUCCCGUCGGCUGAUCGACGAGCACACACAGCUGAAGAAGAAGGUGCUGAAGGCUCCGGUGGAGGAACUGGACCGGGAAGGCCAGAGGCUGCUGCAGUGCAUCCGAUCCAGUGAUGGGUUUUCAGGGAGGAACUGCAUCUCUGGUUCUGCUGAUUUCCAGAGCUUGGUCCCCAAGGUGGCCAGUCUGCUCGAUAAGCUCCACUCCACCAGGCAGCAUCUCCACCAGAUGUGGCACGGCAGGAAGCUGAAGCUAGACCAGUGCUUCCAGCUACGCCUCUUUGAACAGGACGCAGAAAAAAUGUUCGACUGGAUCAGUCACAAUAAGGAAGUGUUUCUGCAGAGCCAUACAGAGAUCGGCCGUGGAUACCAGCACGCUGUCGAGCUGCAGACUCAACACAACCACUUCGCCAUGAACUCCAUGAAUGCCUAUGUGAACAUCAACAGGAUCAUGUCGGUGGCGAGCCGCCUGGCAGAGGCAGGACACUACGCCUCCACGCAGAUCAAACAGAUCUCAAGUCAGCUGGACCAGGACUGGAAAAGCUUCGCCGCUGCGCUGGAUGAGCGCUCCACCAUCCUCGCCAUGUCGUCGGUCUUUCACCAGAAGGCGGAGCAGUUCCUUUCAGAGGUGGAGGCGUGGUGUAAAGUCUGCAGCGAGGGUGGGUUACCGUCCGAGAUGCAGGAGCUGGAGCUCGCCAUCCACCGCCACCAGAGCCUGUAUGAGCAGGUGACCCAGGCAUACACCGAGGUGAGCCAGGACGGUAAAGCCCUGUUGGACGUCCUCCAGAGGCCUCUAAGUCCUGGAAACUCUGAGUCACUGACGGCAACUGCAAAUUACUCCAAAGCAGUCCACUGCAUCCUGGAUGUGGUUCAUGAGGUCCUCCAUCAUCAGCGGCGUCUGGAGAACAUUUGGCAGCACCGGAAAGUCCGACUGCACCAGCGACUGCAGCUGUGUGUGUUCCAACAAGAUGUCCAACAGGUGAUGGACUGGAUCGAAAACCACGGAGAGGCUUUCCUCAGUAAACACACCGGCGUUGGCAAAUCUCUGCACAGAGCCCGAGCCCUGCAGAAGAGACACGACGACUUCGAAGAUGUGGCCCAGAAUACAUACACGAACGCUGACAAGCUGCUGGAGGCGGCGGAGCAGCUCGCUCAGACCGGAGAAUGUGACCCUGAGGAGAUCUACAAGGCAGCCAGACACCUGGAGGUCCGGAUCCAGGACUUUGUUCGCCGCGUCGAACACAGGAAGCUUCUGCUUGACAUGUCGGUGUCUUUCCAUACACACACCAAGGAGCUGUGGUCCUGGAUGGAGGAGCUUCAGAAGCAGCUCCUGGACGACGUGGUCUGUGACUCGGUGGACUCGGUUCAAACUCUGAUCCAGCAGUUCCAGCAGCAGCAGACCGCCACCCUGGAAGCAACACUCAAUGUCAUUAAAGAGGGGGAGGAGUUAAUCCAACAGCUCAGAGAUGCAGCCAUGUCCACCAAUAAGACACCACACUGCAGUUCCAUCGCUCACAUCCAAGGGGUGCUGCAGCAGCUGGACGAGGCCCAGGGUCAGAUGGAGGAACUGUUCCACGAACGUAAAAUCAAGCUGGACAUCUUCCUGCAGCUUCGCAUCUUUGAGCAGUAUACUAUAGAAGUGACGGCAGAGCUGGACGCCUGGAACGAGGACCUGUCCCGGCAGCUGAACGACGCUGGCCGGUCCGGAGGCGGCAGUGGCAGCAGCAGCGGGGGAAGCAGCGCCUCCUCUGGUGGCACCGAGGACAUCGGCCUGGCCGAGCAGAGGCUGAAACGGCACGCAGAGAGGAAGGCCGCCAUGAACAACAUGACCUAUGAAGUGAUGCAGCAGGGCCAGGACCUGCACCAGUACAUCAUGGAGGUCCAGGCCUCAGGGAUUGAGCUGACAGGGGAGAAGGACAUGGACUUGGCCUCUCAGGUUCAGGAGCUGCUCGAGUUCCUCCAUGAGAAGCAGCAGGAGGUGGAGCUCAGUGCCCAACACACCCAUACCCGGCUGGAGCAGAGCCUGCAACUGCGCCACCUACAGGCCGAGGUCAAACAGGUGCUGGGCUGGAUCCGUAACGGUGAGUCCAUGCUAAACGCCAGCAUGGUGAAUGCCAGCUCCCUGUCGGAGGCCGAGCAGCUGCAGAGGGAGCAUGAGCAGUUCCAGAUGGCGAUAGAGUCUCUGUUUCAUGCUAACUCUCUCCAGAAGACUCAUCAGAGUGCUCUGCAGGUUCAACAGAAAGCAGAGAUGAUGCUCCAGGCCGGUCACUAUGAUCCAGAGGCCAUUCGUAGCUGUGCAGAGAAAGUCGCCGUCCACUGGCAACAGCUGAUGUUGAAGAUGGAGGACCGUCUGAAGCUGGUCAACGCCUCUGUGGCCUUUUACAAGACGUCUGAGCAGGUGUGCAGCGUCCUGGAGAGUCUGGAGCAGGAGUAUCGACGGGAUGAGGACUGGUGUGGAAGUCACGACAAACUGGGCGGAUCGGCAGACAGCGACCACCUGCUGCCUCUGAUCAGUAAACACCUGGAGCAGAAGGAAGCCUUCCUCAAGGCUUGUACUCUGGCUCGGAGGAACGCCGAGGUGUUCCUUAAGUACAUCCACAGGAACAAUGUGAGCAUGCCUGGAGCCGCCAGUCACACCAGAGGACCUGAACAACAGGUCAAAGCCAUUCUCAAUGAACUGCUGCAGAGAGAAAAUCGAGUCCUUCACUUCUGGACGUUGAAGAAACGGCGUCUGGACCAGUGUCAGCAGUACGUGGUGUUUGAACGCAGCGCUAAACAGGCUCUGGACUGGAUUCAGGAGACAGGUGAGGUUUACCUGGCCACGCACACAUCACCAGGAGACAGCAGCGAGGAAACACAACAGCUCCUCAAUGACUACCAUCACUUCAGACUGUCCGCUAAGCAAACCAAGGACAAGGUGAAGCUGCUCAUCCAAUUGGCCGACAAUCUGGUGGAGAAAGGCCAUGCCCACGUGUCAGAGCUGAAGCGCUGGGUGAGCACGGUGGACCGGCGCUACCGCGACUUCUCUGUCCGAAUGGCCAAGUACCAGGAGAGUCUGGAGAGGAGUUUGGGAGUCAGCUCUGAGGACAAUAAAGACCUGGAGCUGGACAUCAUUCCCGCCAGCCUCACCGACAACCCUGAGGUCAAACUGCGCGACCCCAACCACGAGGUCAACGAGGAGAAGAGGAAGUCAGCCAGAAAGAAAGAGUUCAUCAUGGCCGAGCUGCUGCAGACGGAGAAGACGUAUGUCCGAGACCUUCACGAGUGUCUGGAGAACUACCUGUGGGAGAUGACGAACGGCGUGGAGGAAAUCCCCCCCGGCAUCGCCAACAAGGAGCACAUUAUUUUUGGAAACAUGCAGGAGAUCUACGACUUCCACAGCAAUAUUUUCCUCAAAGAGCUGGUGAACUACGAGCAGCUUCCAGAAGACGUGGGUCACUGCUUCGUCACCUGGGCUGAUAAGUUCCACAUAUAUGUGGAUUAUUGUAAGAACAAACCUGACUCCAGUCAGCUCAUACUGGAACACGCCGGAACCUUCUUCGACGACAUCCAGCAGAGACGGGCUUUGGCCAACUCCAUCUCCUCCUACCUCAUCAAACCGGUCCAGAGGAUCACCAAGUACCAACUACUGCUCAAGGAGUUACUGUCCUGUUGUGAAGAGGGUAAAGGGGAGAUUAAAGAUGGGUUGGAGGUGAUGCUCGGCGUUCCCAAGAGAGCCAACGACGCCAUGCAUCUGGCCAUGUUAGAAGGGUUUGAGGAGAACCUGGAGGUGCAGGGCGAGCUGAUCCUUCAGGACAGUUUCCAGGUUUGGGAUCCACGCUCUCUGAUCAGGAAGGGGCGGGACCGACACCUCUUCCUGUUCGAGUUCUCCUUGGUUUUCAGCAAAGAGAUCAAAGAUUCAGCAGGAAGAACCAAGUACCAGUACAAAAACAGACUACUGACAUCAGAGUUGGGGGUAACGGAACACAUUGAGGGGGAUCCAUGUAAAUUUGCUCUGUGGGCAGGAAGAACCCCGUCCUCUGACAAUAAAACUGUGCUCAAGGCCUCCAGUAUGGAAGCCAAACAGGAGUGGAUCAAGAACAUCAGGGAGGUGAUCCAGGAGAGGAUGACUCACCUGAAGGGAGCGCUCAAGGAGCCUCUCCACCUGCCCAAAACACCAGCACUGACCAAACCCAAGAACAACGCCAAGAGGGACGGAGGUGAAGACGGAGACAGUCAGGGAGAUGGCAGCAGCCAACCAGACACCAUCUCCAUCGCCUCCAGGACAUCACAGAACACCAUGGACAGCGACAAGCUCUCCGGCGGUUGCGAGCUGACUGUCGUCCUCCAGGACUUCACGGCCGGAUGCAGCACGGAGAUGUCCAUCAGCACCGGCCAGACCGUGGAGCUGUUGGAACGACCCAGUGAGCGACCCGGAUGGUGUCUGGUCCGGACCACGGACCGGAGUCCACCACAGGAAGGACUGGUUCCCAGUUCGGCGCUCUGCGUGUCCCAUUCACGCUCCAGUGUGGAGAUGGACUGUUUCUUCACCUCAGGGAAAGAAAACUACCAUGUGGGUGGUUCUGAUGGGAAGACAGAGUCGGUGGCAAACCUCCAGCCCCAAGCCUCCCUCAGCUCCCUUCAGUCCAGCUCCCCUGGACCCAAACGGUCCGGAAACACCCUGAGGAAAUGGUUGACCAGCCCUGUCCGCCGCCUUAGCCACGGCAGCUCCGUCAAGAAACUGCCCAACAAUAAGCAGAAGAAGACAGGACCAGGAAGUGGGCGGGAGGAGAGCAGGAAGAGCAUCGACCUGGGUCAGCCUGACCUGGCGCUUCAUGAUGACAUCAUCGACGAGAGGCCCUUCAGUAAAGACAGCCUAUCCAAGGCGUCGGGGAUGCAGAGCGGCGGUGAGGAGGAACAAGACGAGGAGGCCCACACUCCACUGCCUCCCCCCAUGGAGAUCAUCAAGGACACCCCCGCCCAGGACGACAAGUCCUCCUCCUUGCUAACAUCCCUCCAGUCCUCCUCUGAUGUUCCCAGUGCUGCAGAACUCGUUAGUGCUAUAGAGAAACUGGUUAAAACAAAGAUGACUCUGGAACCAGGAGCGUACCCAGGUUUCUCCUCCCUGUCGCCUCCAGAACAAACCACCCCUGUCCAACCUCGAAACCCAGAGCUGGAGCAGAGAGCCAAAGCCAUGAGAGGACGCAUGUUUGUUUUGAAUGAGCUGAUUCAGACGGAGAAGGACUACGUCAAAGACCUGGGCAUUGUAGUGGAGGGCUUCAUGAAGCGGAUUGAGGACAAAGGCGUCCCAGACGACAUGAAGGGAAAGGACAAGAUUGUGUUUGGGAACAUCCACCAGAUCUACGACUGGCACCGAGACUUCUUCGUGGGGGAGUUGGAGAAAUGUUUGGAGGACCACGAGCAUCUGCCUGAGCUCUUCAUCAAACAUGAGAGGCGACUUCACAUGUAUGUGGUUUACUGUCAGAAUAAACCCAAGUCAGAGUUCAUCGUAGCGGAAUAUGACACGUAUUUUGACGGGAUCCAGGCGGACAUCCAGUCCAGGUUGAGCAUCAGCGACUUCCUCAUCAAACCCAUCCAGAGAAUCACUAAAUAUCAGCUGCUACUAAAGGACUUCCUGAAGUACAGCACGAAGGCAGGAAUGGACUGUGAACAAAUCGAGAAAGCAGUAGAUUUGAUGUCUCAGGUUCCUAAACUCUGUAACGACAUGAUGAAUCUGGGUCGCCUGCAGGGGUAUGAGGGUAAACUGACCAGUCAGGGCAAACUGCUGCAGCAGGAAACCUUCUUCGUAACGGAGCAGGACACCGGUGUUCUGUCACGCUCCAAAGAACGUCGAGUCUUCCUCUUCGAGCAGAUUGUCAUCUUCAGCGAACUGCUUAGAAAAGGCUCAUCAACGCCUGGAUAUCAGUUCAAGAAGAGCAUCAAGGUGUCCUACCUGGGUCUGGAGGACAGCGUGGACAACGACCCCUGUAAGUUCGUCCUGUCGUGUCGUGGCUCGUCAGAGCGUUUCACCCUGCAGGCUGCCAACGUCGACAUCAAGCAGGUCUGGGUCCGACACAUCCAAGAAGUCCUGGACGCUCAGAGCAACUUCCUGUCUGCUCUUCAGUCUCCCAUCGAGUACCAGAAGGAGAAGGGUGGAAGCAGCGGCUCCCUGACCCGGAACCGCUCAUCCUCCGGGAAUCGGCCCGCUGUGUCAUCCCACAGCCGGCCCUCGUCCGCCGUUGGAUUCGGCGAGAAGGAUGGUGAGAGGGGGAGGAGCCAGAUGAAAGUGUCUACCUCCAACGGUGGCUCAUCGUGUUUUGAUCCCAGGGACAGUGAUGGCGGCUGUAACGGCGUCUCGUCCACCAUGCUGGUCACUCAGGACUACUCGGCACUCAAGGAGAAUGAGAUCUGCGUGGCGCAGGGGGAGACAGUCCAGAUCCUGGCUGCCAAUCAGCAGAACAUGUACCUGGUUUACCGUCCGGCCAACAGCCAAUCACCCGCCGCUGAGGGCUGGGUGCCCGGCCACAUCCUAGGCCCCGCCUCUAAGUCAAUAAAAGACUCUUCUUCUACUUGCUCCUUCUCGGCGGCGGUGGCCGAUGCCAACAACAUCAAAAAGUCACUGUCGUGGAACACGCUGCGCGCCCGGAAGCGUGCUGAAGCCAAGGACGUGUCUUCACUGGGGGUCAGAGGUCAAGAGAACGGCCUCCUCCGUAAGCCCAAAGAAACCACGCCCCCUCCCACCACCGGGGCGAAGGGCAAAGAUGUUCAUACGUCUGAUGAGUCGGACUGUGACGACGACCUCGACCCAAAAACGGGAAUGGAGCUUCUAAACCCAAACUUCAUUCAGGAAGUGGCUCCAGAGUUCCUGGUCCCUCUCUCUGAUGUGGUGUGUGCGUUUGGGGAGACAGUCGUCCUCUGCUGUAAAGUGUGUGGACGACCCAAACCCUCCAUCACCCUGAAGGGUCCGGACCAGAACCCAGUGACCAGUAACAGCCGCUUCACCAUAGAAAUCAGGGACACCGGAGACAUCCUGUUGAAGAUCUGUAACCUCAUGCCUCAGGACACCGGCAUCUACACAUGUGUCGCUGUCAACGACCACGGCUCAGCCUCGUCUUCUGCCUCCAUCAAAGUACAAGGUAUCCCAGCAGCCCCUGGGAGGCCGGUGGCGCAGGAGGCCAGUAGCACGGCGGUGAUGGUCCACUGGGCGCCGCCGGCUUCAUCUGCUCAUUGUGCCGUGAGCAGCUACACGGUGGAAUACAGACAGGAAGACUCGUUUCUAUGGCAACAGGUGUCCACCAGCAGAGAGGAGUGUGUUCAGAUCGACGCUCUGAUCCCUGGGGGUCAUUAUCAGUUCAGGGUACGGGCGUCCAACCGCUGGGGGGUCGGACCGCCGUCGGACGCCUCCAACAUGGUCACGUUACCCAGCAGCAACUCAGGUUGUGAUGGAACCGGAAUCCAGUGGAAAGAAAACUUUGAGUCGACUUUCAGUGAAAUCUGUGAGAUCGGGAGAGGAAGGUUUUCAGUCGUAAGAAAAUGUCUCAACAAAUCCACAAAGAAAGAGGUGGCGGUGAAGUUCGUCAGUAAAAAGAUGCAGAAGAAGGAGCAGGUGGCCCACGAGGCCGACAUCCUGCACCACGUCCAGAACCACCAGCUGGUGGCGCUGUUGGACACAUACGAGUCUCCCACGUGUCUGAUGCUGGUUCUGGAGCUGUUGGAGGAUGGGCGUCUGCUCGACUACCUCGCCGCCCAUGAUGAGCUGAUGGAGGAAAAGGUGGCGUUCUUCAUCAGAGAGACGUUGGAGGUUCUGCAGCAUCUUCACACCUGCAGAGUCGCUCACCUGGACCUGAAGCCUGAGAACAUCAUGGUCGACCUCCGCUCUGCGACGCCGUCCGUCAGACUCAUCGACCUGGGCGACGCCGUCCAACUCUCUGCCCACCGCCGCUACGUCCACCUGCUGCUCGGAAACCCAGAAUUUGCUGCACCCGAGCUCAUCCGGGGGGCGCCGGUGUCCGUGGCCACAGACGUGUGGAGCGUGGGCGUCCUGGCCUAUGUGAUGCUCAGCGGCGUGUCCCCGUUCCUGGACGAGUCGCCAGAGGAAACCUGCGUCAACAUCUGCCGCCUGGACUUCUGCUUCCCGGACGAAUACUUCAGCGGCGUCAGCCAGGCGGCCAGGGACUUUGUGUCUUCGGCACUGCAGCAGGACCCCAGGAAGAGGCCGAGUGCCACUUCCUGUCUCCAGCACCCGUGGGUGGGUCGUGGCGGAGCGCAUGGUGGGGAGUAUUCCAAGACGCCUCUGGACACGUCACGGUUGUCCACGUUCAUCGACCGAAGGCGGCAGCUGCACGACGUCCGACCCAUCACCAACAUCAAAGGGCUGGUGAGCAGCAGCAUGGGCAACACACUGUGACCAGGAACCAGGACCAGGACCGGAGGGAGGUCCACCUCAGACCACCAUAACACUAUCACACCAGGGACUAAGGGUUCAGGAGCAUUUAACGAUUCUGGGUUCAAUAGAGGUUUUUCUAGAACAGGGCUGUUCAGGUUCCACAUUCAGACCAGUAUGAUCUGAAGUGGAUCAGAACCAGUAAAAC